AUGUACUCGGCAAAAAAAUGCAUAGAUCUAAGUAAUAGUAACAUUCAGCAGAUGAUUAAGCGGUUCAUUGGGAAAUCAGCAAAUAUUUCAGAACAUGAUUACAUAGUAGUCGGAUCUGGUUCUGCAGGCAGCGUGAUUGCCAACAGGCUAGCAACGUUCAACAGCCCCGAUAAAUCUUCCAACCAGGUUCUUCUUCUGGAAGCUGGUCCUUCAGACGACACGUGGAAAAUUAAAAUGCCUGCUGCUCUGAUGUAUUGUUUAAAAGAUAAAAAGUACAGUUGGUGUUAUGAAACCACUCCUCAGCCAAGAGCAAACAACAGGGUGUUUUUCUGGCCACGAGGUAAAGUAAUGGGAGGAUCAUCUUCUUUGAACGCCAUGGUGUACGUACGGGGUCACCCAUACGAUUAUGAUCGUUGGGAACAAGAGGGAGCCAAGGGGUGGUCCUACGCCGACUGUUUGCCUUACUUCAAGAAAGCUCAAACUCAUCAAUUAGGAGGUGAUGAUUACCGUGGUGACAGUGGACCGCUCUACGUGUCCAGAGGAAAAUGGAACAAUCCAUUGUACCAUGCUUUUGUUGAUGCCGGCUUGCAAGCUGGGUAUCAACAUACAGAAGAUUGCAAUGGAUUUAAACAAGAAGGAUUUGGACAUUUUGACAUGACCAUAAAAAAUGGUGUAAGAUGCAAUGCUUCCAUGGCUUACAUUCAUCCAAUUUUAUCAAAGUAUAAAAAUUUGAAAAUUUCCACAAAUUCGAUGGCAACGAAAGUGAUCGUUGAAGGCUCCAAGGCUGUUGGUGUUGAAUACAAGCAAAACGAUGCGACGAAAUAUGCCAGGGCUCGCAAAGAAGUAAUUUUGUGCGGUGGUUCAAUCAAUUCACCACAACUUCUACUGCUAUCUGGAAUCGGUAAUGCCGAUGAAUUGAGAAAUUUUGUAAGGAGUACUUCUGAAACUGCGUAUCAUCCCUGCGGUACUGCCAAAAUGGGCUCUGAAAACGAUAAAAGUGCAGUUGUAGAUUCAAAAUGUCGUGUUUUAGGAAUAGACAAACUGAGAGUGGUCGAUGCUUCAAUCAUGCCAAGCAUUCUCAGUGGUAACUUGAACGCUCCGGUAAUAAUGAUGGCAGAGAAAGCAGCAGACAUGAUUUUGGGAGUACCUCCUCUGCCCAAGUUGCAUGUUCCUGUUUGGAAGCCAAGUGAUCCUACCAAGCAGAGAUAG